ACCUACUCCAACUGUGCGUCCUCUCGCUCCACCUAAACUCGCCGAGCAAAACAAACCAGCCGCUAAAGUUGAGCCCCAAAACAGAACACGUGCACCACCGACCACGUUGUGAUACUUUAAACACGAGAGGAAGCUUUCCCUCGAGUUCAACCCCCAGUGCGCAUGAUCCACACCCGUAUUGAAGUGCCAGAGUGUCGUCUCGUUGACCUGGACGUAAAAUUGAUUUCUAACUCACAGCCGGAGAGCGUCAAAAGUGUGUUUUGUGUUGUGAAAUGAUGCACGUUUCGUUGUGAUUUUAGAUGUUUUGAUAUCGGUUUUGUACUGCAAUUUGUUACCCGGAAGGCACUAAGCAACUUUGGCAAUCAAUCAACCGCACAACACAUGUGUGUUAACAAGCUCAGGAAAAGUCUCAGGUUGUGAAGUCGAAGUCGUCCCGGGUCAGAUUUCAGCUCUUUUUGCUAAGUCUGAUUAGUACACGAGACCGUCGUCAAAAGCUCGAAGCCUCUUCAAAAGUGCUCAAAUUAUUCUAUUUUGAAGAGUGUGCAAGAGUGGGUUGCUUGUCCAGAAAGAGAUGGCAACACUGUUGAGAGCUUUCGGAAGCUUUUUCAACAAACACCCGUUGGCGGGAAAUGGUCUCGUGUACGGGACGCUGUACGUGGGGGCAGAAUUUUCUCAGCAAACAAUCACGAGGAAAUUCCUGACUGAUCCCCCGCAAGACAUCGACAAGCCAACGCUGGGACGAUACGCCAUCAUGGGAACGUUCGUCUACUCACCGAUCCUCUACAAUUGGUACAAAUGGCUCGAUAAGACUUUUCCCGGUACUGCCAAACGAAUCGUGCUUCGGAAGCUGCUGCUGGACCAGUUCAUCCUGACGCCACCGCUACUGGUGAUCUUCUUCACUGGAAUGGCCCUGAUGGAGCGCCAGCCCAGCAUCGUCGAGGAGUGCAAGCAAAAAUUCGUGCCUACCUUCGCCCGGUCCUGUCUGUUCUGGCUGCCGGCGCAGACCGUCAACUUCCUGCUGGUGCCUCCCAAGUUCCGCGUCGUGUACGUCGGCUCGUGUGCCUUCGCCUGGGUCAACAUCCUGUGCUGGGUCAAGCGGCAGAAGCUCACCGGAAAGACCUCCUCCCCCUCUAGUGGCAGUGGUGGCAGUACGACUGCCAUCGCCGUGUCCAAGUCCGCCGGAACUCCGUAAUCCACGUGGUUUUUUUCGAAGCGUAUUGUGUACAUCUUUAGAUAGGUCGUUUUUUAACUAAGCUGUAGCUAAAACAAGAGAAUUAAAUGGGUUUUCACAUAUUUCGCCGUCGAUUGAAAUGUUACCGUCAUUUAUUAUAGCUGUUCGCAGAAAAACAAGAGAGAAUAAUAAAAAAGCUGCAUAUUUUUCUUCCCGAAUAAAAAAUGAAUCUCUAUAAAAUCAACACAA